AUGGAUAGUAACGCUUGGGCUAUUGAAGGGACGUCUUCCUGGACUUUUUUUUCAGCUUGGAUUAUAAAGGAACGCCUUCCUGGACUUGUUUUUUGGCUUGGGGGAACGCCUUCUUGGACUUUGAUUUUGGCUUGGGUUAUAAAGGGACGCCUUCCCGGACUUGGAUCUCAGGCUUGGGUUAUAAAGGGACGUAUUCUUGGACCUGGAUUUCGGCUUGGGGAGACACCUUCUUGGACCUCUAAAUCUUAAACUUUUUAUAAAUAUUGUGUCAACUAAUUUGUUAAAAAUCAUUUGUAAUAACGUAAAAAUAAAUACUAUGUUUAUUAUUAUAAAAUUUCUAAUUGUUAAUUAAUAUUAAUAAAAAGUAUUAAGUAGAAAAAACUGAAUUCAGAUUCACCGGAUUCACCGGAUUGACUGAAUUAUUCAGAUAUCCGGUCAACCAUCCAGUCAAAUUGGUGAGCAAGUAUUGACCGGAUAUCCGAUGAUCCAUCCGGUCAAUCCGAUGAAUCAUCCGGAUCAAUCCAAAUCUGGUCAAAUUUCGGAUGGAUGACUGGAUAUCCGGAUUGACCGG